UGAAAGGGAGAGCAGGCUGGUGGCCGCCAGCAGGAUCGCCGCCUCCCACCCCGCCAGGCUUCCAAGCCACUCGCUCAGGACCGGCUCCAAGCUGAGGCUCCUCCUCCAGUCGCACCCAAGGCGGGGCAUUCUCCUCUCCCGCCUCCAUCUUUUCUGUGUUGUGCUUGUUUUUGGAAGUGCGUGGUGGGGGCGGGGGAGAUAUGUAGCAGGUGAUCCUCAGAGGCCUGCCUCCUCCUGCUGCCGCUGCAAGGACCUCUUUUCCGCCUUGGAGCCCUCCGCCUGCCAGGCAGCCCCCCUGCUUCCCUUCCUUCUAGAGGAUUCGCUUCCUUCCGCGCCGGGGGGUGGGGGCUGUUUUGCCCUUAAGGAGAGAGACCACCCGGCCCCAUUAAUUGUUGCAGUCGUUGUCGUCAUCAUCACGCCCCACGCCUUGUCCUCUGGGGUGGGGACUUUCCCAGCUCCAGCCCGGCCUCCUUGCGCCGCCUAUAAAACAAGCUGCAGGGGCGGCUUGCGAAGUGACAGGCAGUCUGAGGUGGAGGAGAGUCCAAGCAAGCAGGCGCCGCUUCUGUUGUUGUUGUUGUCGUCGUCGUUGUGCUCCAGCCCGGCCGCCGCCUCCUCCUCCUCCUCCAGUCAAUUCCUGCUGCGCCACACGAUCCCGCCGCCAUCGCCAUGGCUCCGCUGACGGCGAAGGCUUACCUGCUGGGCAAAGAGGAGACGACCCGCGAGAUCCGCCGCUUCGCUCUCGACUCGCCUGCCCGCUACCAGCCCAUCCGCGACAAGGUCGCCGAGCUCUUCCAGGGGCUGCUCCGCAACUCCGCCGCGGCGACGGGCGCCUUCCAGAUGUACUACAAGGAUGGAGAUGGAGAUAUGGUUGCUUUUUCCAGUGACGAUGAACUGAAGCUGGCCCUGCCUUGUGUGAAAGAUGGCAUUUUUCGUAUUUAUAUUAAAGAGAAAAAGGAGCUGAAGCGGGAGCACCUCCACCGCCAGUCCUGCAGCCAGGAGCGUCCUCCAAACAUUGUGCAUCCCAAUGUGAUCUGUGAUGGCUGUGAUGGCCAAGUGGUGGGUGCCCGAUUCAAGUGCACAGUUUGUCCAGACUAUGACUUGUGCAGUGCUUGUGAGGGAAAAGGGAUCCACAAGGAGCAUAACAUGGUCAUGUUCCAUAAUCCAUUGCUCAAUCCACUUGAGUGGCUUCCUAGAGGUCGCUGGCUUCGUAAGAUGAGGCAUGGCAUCCCACAAUUGCCAUGGGUGCAGAGCUGGGGGCACCCUUGCCCAGCUCGCCAGUGUCCGAACUCUGGCCAGGCUCAAGCCGGUGCCACUUCCUCGAAUGCGGCUCCUGAGCAAGAAGCUUCUAGCAAUCAGUCACAAGAUCCCAAUGUUGCCUUCUUGCAGAAUGUUGGAGAAAGUGUGGCAGCAUUUCUGAGUCCACUUGGCAUCGAUGUUGAUAUUGAUGUGGAACAUGAAGGGCAAAGAAAGAAAGUGACCCCCACACAACCUAGUUCUGAGAAGAGCAGCUCCAAACCUACAAGCAGUUCUAAUGACCAGACUCAACCAGAAGCAAACAGCAAGGACAAACCGGCUUCAGAGGCAGGAGAUGCUCUUACAGAACAGCUGCAGGAGAUGAUGGUGGAUUCUCCCCCAUCUCAAAUGGAAGAGGAAAGCCUCAUGGCACAGGAGCCUGGCGAAUCCAGUAAUAGUUCAGGUGGAGAUGAGGACUGGACCCACUUAUCUUCAAAGGAAGUAGAUCCUUCAACUGGUGAACUGCAAUCCUUACAAAUGCCAGAUGGGGACAGCCCAAGCUCCCUGGACCCAGCUCAAGCUUCUGCUAACACUGGACCAACAGGAUUACGGGAGGCUGCACUCUAUCCUCAUCUUCCACCAGAAGCAGAUCCCCGCCUGAUUGAAUCUUUGUCACAGAUGCUGUCCAUGGGAUUCUCUGAUGAAGGAGGCUGGCUCACUCAUUUGCUGCAUUCUAAGAAUUAUGACAUUGGGGCAGCCCUGGAUACUAUCCAGUUCUCCAAGCAACCACCAGCUUCCAAAUGACAUGCAACCUAUAAUUCUUAAAUAGAAUGUUAAAACCUGCUGAUGAGCAGCUUCCUAUCUUUCCUAUCCUUGAGUAACCUGUCUGUAUUUUCAUCUCCAAUUCAUACUAUAAAAAUAAAUAUGAACAUUUCCCAUC